CAAAAGUAGGUUGCAAGGAAGCAGGAAACAGGGAACAACCUUGGAGGAGACGCGUUGUAUUGUGUCUCUCUGGGACCAGGUCUCAGCAUUUGCCAGACGGUUUAGAAUUAAGCAGAAGUGUUUUAGGAAAGUAGUUUUAUUUUUUGUUUUUUUGUCAGGUAGAAAUUUGGGCGCAUUUUCGAAUUAGGGCACACAGUCUUAGGUGCGUUGCUAAUACAACUGGGAAUCCGGUGUUUGGAGUGAAAGUAUUCAUUGAUUAAGCUGAUGUAUUGUGUCAGAGCACAAAGCCUUGUCUACCUCAUCUAGUGCGCCCGCCCAUUGGGUUUUCUGCGGAGCGAUAGUGGGAGAUUGAUUAUAGUCUCUGGGAUUUCCGCGGAGAAAGCCAGAGCCUGCUUGGACUGCGAUUUGCUCUCCCACAUCAGAGACGGGGAGGCAGGAGGACACUGGAGAGGUGAGUCCGACUCUGGCAAGCCGCCGGACUCACCGGCUGUGGAUUGCACUCUCAAGACAAGCCCCGGCCGCUUUUGUCGCUCGGGAUUCGUAGACCUCCUCCUCCUCCCUCAUUCUGAUUCAGGACCAGCGGUUCAGCCACACGGUCAGAAACCGACCAGACAUAACCAGCUCACCUAAAGGGAAUAUUGGAAGUGAAUCUGCGGGACAACACGCACAAUGGCAACCGGUGCGCUCCUUCUUGCCUGCGCGCUGCUCGCCGGGUUUGCCGAGGCUCAGAGAGUGGUCACAGUGCAAGAUGGACCCCUGAUACGGACCGAGGGCUCUCACGUGACCAUCUGGUGCAAUGUGACGGGCUACAAAGAGGGAGUGGAGCAGGACUUUGAGUGGUCCAUGUAUCUACCAUCAGCACCGGACAGGGAGAUCCGCAUCGUCAGCACGGCUCAGCCAAAUUAUGCCUAUGCUGUUUAUGCCCAGAGGGUGAACAACAAAGAGAUCUACGUGGAAAGGCUGAGCCGCGACUCCGCUGUGCUCCACAUCACUAAAGUGCAGGCCAAGGACCAGGGUCUGUUUGAGUGUUACACACCCAACACAGAUGGGCGCUACCUGGGAUCCUACAGCGCACGUACUAACCUCACGGUCAUCGCUGACUCGCUGACCGUGACAGCUCCAGCGCAGACUCUGUCUAAGGUGGAAGGUGACACGCUACAGCUCACCUGCGAGGUGGCUCGGACCACAAUGCAGCACACUCAUUUAUCGGUGGGUUGGUACCUGCGGUCCCCAGAGGACGCCGCCGCCCCACCUCAGGAGCUGGUCACCCUGUCCAGAGACUUUGUUCUGCGCUCCGGGGGGCCGUACCGGCAGAGGAUGGCAGCGGGGGACCUGCGGCUGGAUAAAACCAGCGCUACAGCUUAUAGGCUGACCAUACACAAGCUGCAGCCAGUGGACCAGGGCCUGCUUUACUGCCAGGCUGCCGAGUGGAUUCAGGACACAGACGGCAACUGGUUUGCCAUGACCCGCAAGCAGAGCGACAAGACUCAGCUCCGCAUUCAGCCCACAGAUCGGGACUUCAGCAUCCAGGUGAGCACGGAGCGACGGUCCUUCACGGCCGGUGAGCCGCUGGAGCUUCGCUGCACUGUCGAGGCGCAGAACGUGCCAGAGCGUUUCUUCUUGGUGUCGUGGGUCUUCAGCAGCUCACCGGUGGCCGUGGUGGACCCCAGUGCCGUGCCUGUCCUGGGCCCCGAUUAUGUCGCCCGUGAGGCAGCUGGCCAAAUGACUGUGCGUAAAGAGAGCCCCAACGUGCACCUGCUCAAGCUGCAGCACCUGCGCCCGGAAGAUGCUGGGAAAUACAUCUGCCGUGUGACAGAGCGGGAGAAGACACCCACGGGAGACUUCAUCGACCGCAGCAAGAGGUCUCGCAAUGUCCAGAUCACAGUCCAGCCGCUCAAGAGCAACAUCACAGUGGUAUUGUCCAGUAACUCCUCGGAGGUCCUAGAGGGCGAUGUGAUCCAGUUGACCUGCUCGGUCCACUCCACUACAGGGCCCCUAUCUGUUCUCUGGCAGUGGACAGACAAGCAGGCAACCGGACCGGCCCAGGAGGUGGCCUCUGUAGAUCGGGAUGGCACUGUGUGGCACAGUGCGGCCUACAGAGAGCGCUCCAGCUAUGGGGAGAUCCGUGUGGAGAAGGUGCGGGGCGACGCAUUCUCUCUGUCGCUGUAUAAUGCCUUGCCCGGGGACGAGGGCCAGUAUCGCUGCACAGCCACUGAGUGGCUUCAAACCGGCUCUGAACUGGAGCAAAACUGGGAGAAGAUCGGAGAGAAGUCAGCUACCAAGACAAUCACCGUCAAGACUGUUGAGUCCUCCUUCAUGGUGUCAGCCUCAUCGCGGACGCCAUCCGUUACGUUCGGAGACUCCUUUGACCUCCUGUGCCUGGUCAAACCUCGUCACAACCCUCGUGUCCCCACUUCUGUCACCUGGCGCUUCAUGCCAGCCGGCACAGAAACUGAUGACGAGGGUCAGGGAGAAUUCAAAGACCUGGUGACUUUCACCCGCGAGGGCACACUGCAGUGGGGGGAGCAGCUUCUGGGGCUGGGUACCCGCACCACUGUGGACCGCUCCCACUCCAACACCAACUUCCGGUUGUCAGUGACCCGGGCAGGGCGUCGCGAGGCCGGCAAGUACCAGUGCACCGCCAUCCUGUGGAGGAGGAACUACGACAACAGCUGGAGCAGAGUGGCCAACCGCACUUCUAACCUGCUCGGCAUCAGUGUCCUACAGCCAGAGAGCAAACUGCGAGUGCAAAAGACCAACCAGUCUCAGGUAUACCUGGAGGACAGUCGUGUCAGGAUCAACUGCUCCAUUUCCUCCCAGACCAGCCAGGAUUCCCAGCAUGCUGUGCUGUGGUACGUGAGGCGUGCAACUGGGUCAGAGGCCGAUGAGCUCCUGCUGAGAAUUGAACGAUCGGGGGCCUUUGAGUACGGCGCCUACGCAGACGAGGAGAGAUUGCGACGCAGAGUGCAGGCCGAAAGGUUGUCACCCCGUCUGUAUGUGCUGACGCUGAACAGGGCGGAGAUGAGUGAUUCUGGGACAUACUACUGCCUGGUGGAAGAGUGGCUGAGUGACCCAGAUGGAGCCUGGUAUCGACUCUCCCGGGACUCCUCAGGUUUCACGCAGGUUCUGGUCAGGCAGCCAGAGGUUCGACUGCAGGUGGAAGAAAUGGAGUCAAACGUGACAGUGGAAGAGUCCAGCUCUAUCCGACUGGGCUGUAGCAUUCCCUCCCAGUCGUCUCGAGACUCCCGCUUCUCCGUGUCUUGGUAUGUGGAGCGCUCCGAAGACGAGGAUGAUGAGGACCAGUCAGGUGAGGAAGAGAGAAAACGGGAAUGUGUGUUCUCAAUUGGUCACGACGCCGUUUUUGGAAAUGGAAACUGCAGCCCCAGAGAGGAGGCGGGGCCAAAUUCCCGCCUGCAGUUUGAAAGGAUGACCUCUGACCAGUACAGCCUAACCAUUCAAGGAGCUCGGCCAACAGACGCAGGCCGAUACUACUGCCACGUAGAGGAGUGGCUACUCAACCCCCGCAAUGCAUGGUACCGCUUAACCACCAACAACUCUGGGUUUACUAUUGUCAACGUACUACAGCAAGUGUCCACCCUCCAGUCAGUGGUAUGCUCCAACGACUCCCUCUUCUACUUUGUCUUCUUUUACCCCUUCCCCAUCUUCGGCAUCCUCCUCAUCGCUGUGCUGCUAGUGCGCUACAAGAGUCGUAACAACAGCAAGAGCCAAGAAGGCAAGAAUGGCGCCCCCCUCCUGUGGAUUAAAGAACCUCACCUCAGUUACUCUCCCACCUGUCUGGACCCACCUGCGCUUAGCCUACACCCCGGCUCUGUUGACUAAGCGAGGGUCACCUGGCCCUGCCUCCUGCGAAUUGCGAAUCCAGCCAACACGAUGCCAGGGAGCAGAUCUGGACUCCACCUUCAGACCUAACUGUCGUUCACUGCUGUGUUGAAUUAGUUGAUCAGUUUAAAAAUUCCUACCCUGGUGGCUGCCUGUUUUAUAUUAACAACACUGUAUGUUUUGCAGUGUGUGUGAGUGUGUGUGUGGACCAGAAUGGGUGUGCCAUGUUAGCACGAUUAAUUGUAUGAAUGCGACAUUACAGUCAAGAGAGUAUCGCAAGCCUGUCCCAUUUUUGUUUUCUGUGAAACUUAACCCCUUAGCUGCAUUUUGAUUUAUGUUACUCUGAAUAUUUGUCUGUUUAUCAAAAGAGUAAAAAAAAAACAAACAAACUUGCGCACAUUGAGAUCACUGGUCGAUAUGAGAGGGAUAUUUAAGAGAAGGAACUCUAUAAUCGACUCCAGCACUGAGUGGAUGCCAAAAAAGUCUCCGCACUGAUCCAAGAGCAGCCACAGCCUGGUCCACUAUGGUGGUUGCCAUAGUGAUUCUCUGCGCCCACUGACUCCGGAGCUGAUGACUUGGUUGCCAGCCUGCAUAGAGACAAAGGCAAGGACACACAAGUCUGUGUCCUAAGUGAGGAUGUGUGUGUGUUGGCCCACCUGCCUCCACAAUGAAUUUGCCUUGGCAGACAGAAACCGGUCCUCGUGCACCACUUAAACACUGCCAGACACUCUGGCCUUAGUGAGAGACUGCUCCGCUCAUCUCCUCUAUCCUCCUCCUCUCUGAAAAGAGAGAGUGAGAAAAAAAGAGGGAGGAACUCCAGAAAUGAUGGAGAAUAAAUGAACAGUCCUCUCCCGCUGAAGAUAUAUGUACUUUGACAUGAGGGUGUUUCAGUGCCAAGACCUCCUUAUUUAAACUCUGUCCUCUGCAGCUAAUGUGUGAAGUUUUAAAGAGGGGGUGGGGGCGCUAAUUGGUUUUUGAGGCAGAUUGUAAAUAAGUCUGCCCACCUCCUGCUGUGGCUUUAUGAGCCUUGUGGGCAAAAGGGCAAUUUUUACACUCAUGUUAAAUCAGUUGAAUUGUCCUGCUUAAAUUACACAGUAGAGAUUAUUGACUGAAAUUAAAGCCCUGCACAUUUCUCUAUGCUGCCCUGUAUGAGCACCCCCGUCCUGUAUUUAAAAGAUAACAGAAGCUCAAAUGAUUCAUAUUAGUUUAAAGAAAGAUUUUUUUCAUUUGCUAAGAGCCACACUGAAGAUUACCAAUGUGUGUAGUGAAACACUCUAACAAUGUUAUCUGCACAUUAUUAGAAAAUGAACUGAUGGGCGUGGGCACAUGUUUGACUUUUUUUGUUUGUUUAUUUUAAAGAUUUUUCUAUUUAUUGUUUUAUACUACUUUGCAUAGCUUUGUAAGAUUUUUCUUUUUGCUUUGAAAUUCUCUAGGAACUGUGCUGCUUGUGUUGCCAGGCAACUGCACCAAGCAGAUUAUGUCAAUAGCCUGUGUGUUGGCAAUGUGGUAGAUGUAGAAAUGCUAGAUUUGUCCUGCGCAUUGCAGUCUGUAGCAUUUCAUACCAGAUUGUCAAGUUUGGUCAGUGUUAAAACACUGUAUAUCUAUACCUAUAAUGAAAAUUACUGUGGCUUUACAUGUACAAUAGUUGAACAGACAAGUCACAAAAAUGAAUUCACUUAAUGCUUUUUGCCGGAGUCACGUUUAUUUAGUGAGAUGUGAUGUAACACCUAGGUAGGAUGUUUGAUCAAAGACAGCUGAAACAGAACUGUUGAAUCGCCAUCUAAUCACGGAUUCUAGCUGAAGGCGUCAUCCUCGGCCCCCCUGACGCAAGCAAGAAGGGUGAAAAAUCUGUGUCACCUUCCCUGGAAAUGCAGCUGCCAGGAGAGGUGUGAAAUCCUCUACCCGACCUUGUACUUACCCUUUCACUGCCAGCCUGGACAUGAAGACUCUUGAAAAACUUGACAUUAUUGUCUCAAUUGUGUCGACAUGUAUAUUGCAUGACAAUACUACAGGAGGAAUUUUGAUGUUUUGUAAACUUUGAACUCUUUGAGCAUUGUGUUUGUGUGACAGAGCAGUGCCCAAACCCUCCCCCUUGACUUCCUGAGCCAAGAGUCAACACAAAGCCCAGUCCUUCAUCGUUUUCAAUAUCCGACUGCCACUUCCAGAUGCCCUUUGAACCUGUGAAGUAAUCUGUUUCAAGAAUGGGUGUUGUGGAGAUUGUGUUUGAUAUUAUUGCUCAUAUUUGUCUUUAAAUGCUUUGCUUUCGUGCAGCACUUCAUUAAACAGAUUUCUGUCAAAACAAAAAAGCCAAAAGUACAUAGCUGAUAAUGACACACGUUCCACAGAGUUCUGAGAUUUCUUCUUCCUUUGGCCAGGCCAGUCGUAAAUUCAGCUACAAAUAAAUGUCUUCAGAGAAAAGAAAAGCCAAUCAAUUAGCUGACCAUCAGCUCAUUACUACAAGUGUUUUCACAUAGGUGAUAUUGUUGUGGAUAAAUGAUCUUAAGCUGAAAAUCCGGGACAGUGUUGCACAUCCUACCUGGGUACAAGGUUGCCAGACAAAGGUAACACACAAAUGAAAAAGUUUAGUCGUACAUGUACUGAGUAUUGCAAGUACUCAAGUAGUUGGUGAGGCAGUAAUUCAGCCCUCAAAGUUACGGAAGGUUUCACGUCAGAGAAAAUCAGAAAAUGACUAACAACUACAAAUAUCACUGCAACUAGAAGCAUGUUUGGAUGGACAUUUGUCAAAAACCUGUAUUAUACACACGCACAUGCACACAUAUAUAAUGCAGAUUUAUGACAUAUGUACAAAGAUAGAUAUGUGUGCAAUAUUGUAAUUGUGCACGUGUGACAUUGUGGAAGGUCUUUACAAAUGUUUUCCAUUCAUCGCAGGAGGACUCUUCAUGUUCUCUUACAUAUGGCCUGUUUUGGGCGUUUGCCUAACAAAGUUGUUGGCUGAAAUGUUGCCUCAUUAAACUGCAGUAUUCAGUG